AUUAAGUAUGUGCGUUAGGUAGAAUGUGUGAAUGCGCCAAUGCAUAAUACACCAUCUCAUUUAUUCAGUAUUUCAUAUAUAUCAUUUGUUGAUGCUAUCACUUUUUGUGUAUUUUUAUGUGUUGUCGAUUUACGACUAUACGUAGCGUAUGUUGUUUACCGUCGAAGUUAAGAGUUUGACGGAGAAAUAAGAGCGAGCAUCAACGCAGCUCGUUCACGGACGGUCGGACGUUGUCAUUUGAAAACGGAAGCCAUCUUGUGGCCGAGCCUCCCAUAUUAUACUGGGAAUAAUAGUUCAGCGACUAUUUGUCCCGUAAAAUUGUUCCGUACUUUUUCCAUUACGUCUAGACUAUGCAUGAAUUAUUGUAUCACAUGUUUACAUAGCCAUGGCUGCGACGAGAAAGUUGCAAGAAAUGAUAAAGUUGGAGUCAAACAUAGAUGAAUGUGAAAUAGAUCGGUGCCUUAAAAAAGUAACAGAGGGUGUAGAGACAUUUGAAGACAUUUGGCAGAAGGUUCAUAAUGCUACGAACAGCAAUCAGAAGGAGAAAUAUGAAGCAGACCUUAAGAAGGAAAUCAAAAAACUCCAGAGGUUACGUGAUCAGAUCAAAACCUGGCUUGCAUCUGGCGAGAUUAAGGAUAAAACUACGCUUCUUGAGUAUAGGAAGUUAAUAGAAACUCAAAUGGAAAGGUUUAAAGUUGUAGAGAGAGAAACAAAAACGAAAGCUUAUUCGAAGGAAGGUUUAGGAGCAGCUCAAAAACUUGAUCCAGCUCAAAAAGAAAGAGAAGAAGUUAGCAAUUGGCUUGCAAGUUCCAUAGACGCUUUAAAUCUUCAGCUGGAUACAUUUGAAUCCGAGAUAGAAUCAUUACUUGCGGGAAAGAAAAAAAGGUUAGAUAAAGAUAAGCAGGAUAGGAUGGAUGAAUUAAAAGGAAAACUUGAUAAACACCGUUACCAUAUCCGAAAAUUGGAAACAUUGUUACGCAUGUUGGACAAUAUGUCUGUUGAAGUUAAUACUAUUAAGAGGAUAAAAGAUGACGUAGAGUAUUAUAUUGAAUCCUCACAGGAACCUGAUUUUGAGGAGAACGAAUAUAUUUAUGAUGAUAUUAUUGGUCUCGAUGAAGUAGAGUUGUCUGGAGUUGGUAUUCCUUCGUCAGCGACUACAGACAGCAACAAUAGUAAUGAGACUGGAGGUACACCAACCUCAACUAAUUCUGGUACUUCACCCAUACCAUCACCUCCAUUGAGUUCCACCAUGCACAACCAUUCGAGUGAUAGUUCUAUGGAUAAUGACAAGAAAACAAAGCCUGUGAAACCUACAGCAGUCAGGCCACUAUUAAAUUCACAGGCGAGCAUUCCAACCACGGGAAGCACUGCCACUAUAAAGUCGAAUUUAUUGUCGAGCAGCACUCCAAGCAAGACCAUUCCCAUGACACCUAGCCAUAACUCGCCUAGUUCUACAAGUAAUCAUAUUGCAACAACUAAUGCAGGCAACUUUGCCACAGUAGCUGCUUCGCAUAGUAACUCACAAGCCAUCCAUUCUACCUCUAGUAAAACAUCUUCUCACAGCAGCGAAAAUGGUUUGUUAUCGUCUUCGUCCACGUCCAGCGUUACCUCGAAUGUGCCACAAACGAUCUCACAGCAGCACAAUAAUCCUGCACCCAUACAGACGACACAUGUGUUGCACAACCAACAAAAUCAGAAUCACAACAGUGAAACCGAAAUGACGACGCCGAUCCCACCAUCUUCUUCACCACAAUCGUCAGUCAGCAGUAGGUCUUCACCUCUGCCCGCAAAUUCCUGCUCGCCAGCGCCAUCCACUGCCAAUGGUCUCAUCCCUAAGCUUCCUGAUGGCAUGUCCUCUUUGAAAUCCAUAGCCCAACAAGUAAUUGUCCGAGCAGGUUUGGAAAUACCGCCGUCCGAGUCGAAUAGAAACAUCUUUGAUAGUGCUAAAGCGAAUAAUAACAACAACAAUGCCACCUCGGAAGCACACAUUCCUCCUCUGCUUGGUGUCGCGCCGCUCGGACCGGUACCUCUUCAAAAAGAACAUCAGCUGCAGUUCCAGAUGAUGGAGGCUGCUUACUAUCAUAUGCCUCAUCCAUCUGAUUCUGAACGCUUGCGAUCAUAUUUACCAAGAAAUCUGUGUCCAACGCCUCCUUACUAUCAACAGGUCCAACUUCCUCAUUCUGACACUGUGGAGUUCUUCCAACGUCUUUCAACGGAAACAUUAUUCUUCAUAUUUUAUUACAUGGAAGGUUCUAAGGGCCAGUACCUGGCUGCAAAAGCUCUAAAAAAACAAAGUUGGAGGUUUCAUACUAAAUAUAUGAUGUGGUUUCAAAGACACGAAGAACCGAAAGUAAUUAACGAAGAAUACGAACAGGGCACCUACAUUUAUUUCGAUUACGAAAAGUGGGGGCAAAGAAAAAAAGAAGGUUUUACAUUUGAGUACAAGUACUUAGAGGACAGAGAUCUGAAUUAACCAGUCCUGUUGCUCGUGGAGUCUCCGAAAUGCACUAUUUCUGUACCGGUAUUAUCAAAAAUCGAAAAGACAGAUUUAUUUUUUACAAUUCUAUAUUUUCACAAAAUAUAAUUUUAUUUAUUGGUAAAGAGUAUCUCAGAAAAAAGUAAAUGAAAACAAAAAAGAAAGAAAAGCUCGUGCAUAGCAAAAAAAUGAAGGCACUUCAUUAUAUUUCAACGUUGCGAUGGUAAACUCUUCUAUAUAUUCAUUUUCGAGAGAAAGAAAAAGCGAAAUACGAAUCACGAAAUUGAAAGAAACAAAAAUGCAACUAUCACAAAGAAUGGAGUAAGUUAAUCGGGGACAGUAAAUUGUAACUAUAAAAAGUAAUGAUACGGAAGGCACCAGAGACACACUUUUAACAUUUUAGUGUGUGGUGUGUGAUACAAGAGGAAGAAGUUAUACUCGCUGGCGACUGACUCUGUAAUACCAGUACAAACAUGCGUGCGGCCCAUCUGCCGUUUGGCGGUAAGGUGGAGGGCGCUCAUGCAAUGGUAUGUCUUAAUGUUAGAUUAUAAGUAGCCUUUUUGUAUAAAGUAUAUUGAGGUAUAAAACCCUUAAAUUGAAUUACUGUACAGAAUGUGUAGAAAUAGUGAAUAAUAAUAUUAUGGAAUAUAUUUUAUUUCUCAUUUAAAUGAAA